AACCGAGUCCGUGCGGCCAUCGUACGUCCGCAUCCUGGCAACUUGGGUUUGCCCACGAUCAUCAUGCAUGCAGAACUUAACUUUCUUCCCCAUUUGGCAAUUGAUGAGUUCGAAAACUGUUUGUGUGUGUGUGCUUUGUUGGAAAUUUCGAAAUUAAGAGUGCGCUUGGACUGCUCCGAUAUCAGGGAAGUGCUGGGUGCAUCGUGUGCAACCGCAGACUUUCCUUGGUGAGUGCGGCGAUUGUGGAAAGCAGGCAGAAUGGGCACGGAAGUCAAAAGAACUGAGCGGUUAGCGGUGGCGCUGGAGAAUGCUCUUCUGGAGAUACAUCAGCUGGAAAGGACGGUGAUGGCCUACAAAGAAAGCAACCAAGUGCUGCUCUUUGACAGAAUUGACAGCUUUGUGAAGGAGCUGAAGCACGUUAAAAAAAGCGCUGAGGGGCUCGACAUUGAGAUUCCGGGAGAGGUGGUAAGUCUUGUUGACGAGGGACGCAACCCCGACCUCUACACACGGGAGUUUCUAGAGCGCUGCUUAGACAGAAACCAGGCAACAAAGGGCCGCGUCGAUGCAUUCAAGGAGUUGCGAGGCCACUUGCUGGAUAAUCUGGACGACGCCUUCCCGGAGGAAGCCCAAGUGUACAGGGACAUGAAAAGUGCAGCCGCAGAUAAGCUCGAAAAGAACAGCAGUCACGAGCAAGAAGAGCGGCCACUCAACGGCACUGAAAAUGUAGCGGUAAAGAUGGAGCCGCCCAAUGACGUGGAGUUGUUGCAAGGUUCUGAGUCGGUCAGGUCUAUAAGCGUCCAAGUGCAACCAAAGUCGGAACCACAAAUUUGACGUUCGACUCUAUGGAACCUCGUGCGCACACCCCCAUGAGACGAGAAGACGUGCAAGGUAUGCAUCUGCCUACUAUGCCACUUCUAUACUAGUAGGCUUCCAUAUUUCUA